AUGGCUACUUUGCAAUCACCAUUUUCCUUCAGCUUCCCCAAUACAUACAACAAUAACCGUACAAAUAGCUCUACUACUAGUAGUAACAACAGCUUUAAACCGACUAGUUCAAUGUCUAAUGAAGGUUAUUUACCUACUCCAAAUUCAUCCCGAGCACGGAAUAAUAUCAGCAGUACUGAAGAAAUACCUCCUAAUUCCCAAUUACCCAUUAGUAAUGAUUCCUACGACAAGUUAAUAGACAAAUUGAAUAUAAUGAAGUCUAAAUUGAAUAAAUUAGAUUCUAAUACUAUAGUUGGUGAACUAAAACAACUCAUUGAAGAGUCCUAUCAGUUAAUUGCUAAUAGUGAUACUUUGUCUCAUAUUAAUGAUGACAAUGGUAAUGACAAUAUUAUAGCCACCCCAACUAAUAGUUACAGAAGGCAGAACAAUAGUGAUGCAGGUUCCAAUUAUUAUACGCCGCCUCCUAGCUCUACGAAUGAUGACAUAAUGUUUCAAACACCUAUUAAUAAGAUAAUCAAUAAUGAAAACCUAUUUAAAAGGCAGCUUUAUAGCGAAGAGGACGACUUGAUAGACUGGCAUAGUGAUCUCAAUCAUUUUCAAUACAUAAGUAAUAAUAAAGUUAUUAAUAAUAGUUAUGUUACGGGCAGUUCUAAUUUGGAACAUGAAUUUGAGAUCAAUUUUGAAUUGAAUUGA